AUGACAGUACUGGUAAAAGCCUUACGUAAAUCAAAGGACAAACUCUUUGGAAAUAAAUUUAGAAAAUUACUCGCUAAGGACAGCAAGGAUAACAGAGAAUUGUCCGAACUUCUUCCAACAAGAAAACGUUUUACAUCUGACAAAUAUGCAUCUGAUAAGAAAGACUUUUUCAGAUCUGGUGACAAAUCUCAGCAGUUUUUUUCGGACAGGGCCCUCGAAAAACAGAUUCCAGUUUGGGGGCCAAAAUUACAGAGGGCAGUUCAGCCAGAGAGGGAGGGGCUACAGAGGAGCCCCCAGAUCUGCAACAAUUACAAGAAAAACAGAGAAACAGUAAAUCAGAAGAAUCUGAUGGAUGAUGCCAGUUGGUCUCUGCGGGAUCCUGUUUUAUGUAUAUUAUCCUGAUUAAAU